AUGGUCGACAAUAUUAAUAUUGAUGAACAAAUUUCAAAUCGUCGAUCAAAACGAUCAUGUCGUUUAUCAAUAGUAAAAUCAGAACCAUUAAAUAUAGAACAAAAAGAAAAUAAACUAAUUAUCAAUGAAAUUGAAAUUGAUGAAGAAGAUCCGCCAGAUUUAUUUCAAUUAGGUGAUAUUUUUUGGGUUCAUGUUUCAGGAAAUCCAUGGUGGCCUGCACUUAUUUAUGGUUCAUAUUAUGAAGAUUAUAUUCAUACAAAAAUAGUUAAAACUCCUCGUCGACCAAAAAAACGUAUUUAUUUUGUUUAUUUUUUUGGUCCUGCUUUUGAAUAUACAUGGACAAAUGCUAAUGCAUUAAUAGCCUAUUCUGGUUUAGAUGAAUUUAUUAAACAAGCUGAAAUAUCUGUACAAAAAGCAACAAAAAAAAUUGAACAAGAAACAUUAGCAAAUCGUUAUCAACUUAAAGUAUCUGCAAAUAAACGAGUUGAUUGGGAUAAAGCUAUUGCAGAAGCUGAUGAAGCACUUAAAUUAACUCGUGAACAACGUAUAGAAAAUUUUGCUGAAUUAUUAAAAAAUAUUUUAGAUAAAGCUGAAAAAAAUAAAUCAACAAGAAAACGACAAUCUUCUGUUACAGGACGACAAUCGAGAAAAACUUUAUCACCAUCAACAGAUAAAUCUUCAAAACGUUCAUCAGUAAAACGACAAAAAACAAAAUCAACGUCUAUAUCAAUAACAUUAUUACAUGUUGGUUUACCUAUAUUAACAGAAAAAGAUGAAAAAAAAAUAGUAAAUAAUAUUCUUGAUCAUUCAAAACAAGAAGAAUUAACAUUAGAUGAAGCUUUAUCAUUUGUUUGUCAAUUAGUUAUUGAAAUAAUAAAAGAAAAUUUUCAUUAUGAUAUGUCAUGUAUACAAAUUGAAUGGUUCUAUGAUUUUCUUUUAAAUCAUCCAGAUAUUAUAUUAAAAUAUUCUCAUUGGUUUAAUAAAGAUAUAGAAGUAAUAAAAGAUGAUCCAAUUUAUUUAAAACAAUAUAAAAAUCAAUUAAAACGUAAACUAUCUAAUGAUAAUAUAUUAGAAUCAUCUAUAUUUGAUAUUUUGGAAAAUGAAUUUCAAAUUGGAGAUAUUGUUUGGGCAAAAUUAAAUGGACUUUCAUGGUGGCCAUCAUUUAUUUACGGUUGUUUUUUGGAUAAUUGGAAAUAUGUUAAACCAAUAUCAAAAUCUGGAUUACCAACGAAAAAACAAUAUUUUGUUUAUUGUUUGGGUUCACAUUUCAAACAUGGAUGGGUUCAUCAAACAUGUCUUUUUCGAUAUAAAGGUUUCGAAGAAUUUAUUAAUUAUUCAGAAAAUCGAGUUGAACAAGCAACAACAAAACGAACAGAAGAACAUAUACGAAAAAGAUUUAAUGUAAAAAUCUCAGAAGCAUUACAUCCUUUAUGGAAAAAUGCAAUCAAAGAAGCCGAUGAAAUUUUAGGUUUACCGAUUGAUUUACGUAUUAAUGCUUUUGAAAAAAUGCUUUAUCCAUUAUUAGCUGGUACUAAAUAUUCAAUACCUCAACAAGGUAAUAAAAUUAAUCACUAA